AUGGCUCGAAACUGCACUCCCCCGCCAGAACUUCGAUUCUGGGGCUCUUGCGAAUGCACUUGUCCUGAACCGGACCCAGACAUUGCUGGCAUCGGGGUCAUUAGUUCAUUUAUGACUUCUUCAGCCCUAGCCAUUGUUUCUACAUGUCUUUAUCUUCUCAUCAUUCGUUCUGGUCUUGAGCCUGAAGACAGCUUCAACCCCAUUGAUGGCUGGGCGCGACGGACGUUUUGCAAUCCGUUCGUCGACUUCAUAACCAAGGCGCAAUGCAUAAAGACCCGCAUGGACAAGAUCGAGGCCACCAUCUUCUCCUUUGUCUUGUCGCUCGCGGAUAUGCAACUUGUGACGGGAAUCGCCAUGCUCAGUGCAGCCGUUAUCAAGUUACAUGACGAAAAAAACAAAAUCAGCAUCUAUCACUUCAGCAUGGUGACGAAUUUGGCCUGGUUCAGCAGUACAGUGCAUUUGUUGACUAUGCUGGCUAUCCGGACCAAGGUCAUAGGGAGCAUGAAGAAGCAACCCCGUCGAGAAUGGCCAGGACAGGAAGCUUCAUCGCGUCAUAGGAGAGCCAGGGCUGCCAUCGGGUGGGGAGGAGAUGUUAUUGUCCGGAUAAUAAGCAUGCUCCUCUUGGCGGCUUUGUUACUAUACUGCUCCUAUGUAUCUGGUGCUAGUGAAUGGUAUAUCUAUGACCACUGCCCUGCGAGAUGCUCACUGGGCAAAGAGAAGGGGGGCGAGCCACUCCAAUGGGCGGUGGUUAACUUUGUCUUGAUUCUUCUCGAAUAUCCGAGACAAUGUUUGGCUCUAUGGCGUACCUUAGGGCGUUGGUGGAUCGACAAGGCGAGGCAUCACUUCCUUGACAACAAAGGACUUGGAGAGGCGAAUAGGAGCAGCAACACCCCUGCCCUUAUGGAGAAAGAUUUUUGUUUGAAGCGAUUCCACGAGUUGUGGAAAGGGCGUGUUGACAUCGAUAACGAGAACAACGCAAAGGGGUUCGGGCAGCUGGUUCCCAUUCUCCUUUUGGGUAUGCCAUUUCUUCAGGCGCUCCAGACAUACUCUGGUAAGUUUCUCAUUGACAGAUCCAGGAUGAUUCGGACUUUGAGCUAA